GCACAAAUUCUGAUUCCCGCUCGUUUUUCCCCCCCUCAACCAAAAUUCCCCAAAUCUCAAAUACCUAAUUUUUGAACCAAAAAUCCCCAUCUCUCUCUCGCGACUGUGAGCACGGCAGAUGAUGGCGUCGAGCGACGGGGUUAAGGAGCCUCACUCUUUUGUUUCUCACUCCAUUAGCUUUCCCUCUGCUGCUCUCAUUCUAGUGGUGAAUGAGCUGCUCAGGGACCACCGCAGCCAUUAAUAGCAGGCUCGAAGCUUUCAGCUUCAAGAACAUCGGUCCGCUCAGAUUCGCAUGAUUGAAGAGACUCUCCGAUUCGCCGGUGUUCCUGGACAUUCUUAUAUUUUGCAAUUGUUUUGUUGAAUCCACGAUGGAAUGAGAAGGUGAUUACAUCUGUGGCGGGUGGAUUUUGCUGCAUUCGUUCUUGGCGCAGAAUCCCUUGGACUUUGCCUGUUGAAGCCCUAGUUUUUCCUCUUUGUGCUGAAAAGGGGUUACUAGAGAACAUGGACAAGGAUAGAAUCAAAAGGCUCGUAAGGUUGAAACCUCCAACUGAAGUUUGAAGCGGAAUCUUCUCACCCCCCUCUUAUCUAUUGAAAGAGGACAGUUGGGUCAAGGCUGUGUAUCAUUUUUGCAUCUCAUGGUGGAAUGAGAGAUUUGUUUGGUAGUUCUCAUGAUGCAUCUGGUGGAAAUGUUGUUCUAGCAAGACCUAACCUUGAUAGGAUCAGGCAUGAAGCAACUGAUAGUGGCCGUGGGAGGCAUAUCCUAGUCAGAAGGCAACCAUUUUCUCCCGAAGAAGGAUUUAACGAGCCAUUUGUUGGAAGGCACUUUGAUGACUACUACUUUUAUGACGACAGUUCACAUGGGAUAAAACGACCAUUUUUCGUGAUAAACCAUGAUCCUGAUUACAUGGAGCCUAGCAGACUUAGACCUCGAUUAGAUUAUUCUGAUCUAGCAGCUCACGUACAUCGCUAUCAAGAUUCUUUUGGAGCUGGCAGUAGUCUCUACUCAUACGAUUAUUAUGGCUCUGAUUAUGGUGAAGACUCAUAUUCAUCUUUUUAUGGGAAUGAUCACCCAUAUGGAGGUGGCUAUUACUACUAGAUUUGAGAGGCUUUGGUGGACCAGGGAUGGUGGGAUGGACAUCACUCAAUGGUGGAUUGAGGACAUCACUGUAAUAUUACUUAUUGUGGAAUGCAGUCGUGUAAAGAUUAUGGCUAACUUUUGUUUUUGUAACCCACGGAAGAAUUAUAACGAAAACUUUUGUUUUUGAUUUACGCUAUUUAGAUUUGUGAACAACAUUAUGUAUGUAUUAUGCAACAUUAUGUAGUAAGAUAAUUUUGCUGAUGUUUUAUAAUGAAUGGAAGAAUAUUUUAAUUAUGGAUGAAUUUUUAUUUAUA